GAGCGAAGUACGCGUCGCGCGGCCGUAGUUUCCACACUGGAAAAAUUGUGUCGCGCUCUCCCGAAAAUAAUUGUGAUAUAUUUUUUUUUAUUCCCUAAAUGAUGGAUACCGUGUAUGGCUUAUAAGUGUUGUGUUAUUUGCAGUGCACCCGGUCCCCCCUCGUAGGCUAUUGACGGCAACACUAUGGAGUCGACACAAACAGUGUUGGCCCACUGGCUCUCCGCUUUCGUCUUCCUCUGUUCUUUUCUGUCGACACACUCGCUAAACAAUAAGAUCCACGAGCACAUGUCUCCAGACGAGCUUCGAAACGUCUUCCACGUGGAGCAUCACAGCUUAGUUCCAGAGUACCACUUAGUUCAACUUACCCACCACCUCGCCAGGCGGAACAUUCCCACAUCCCACCCCACCAACACCCACUCCCAAAAUCCAUCAAAAAACCCACACGAAAAAACUCAAAAGGAGAAACGUAAAUGGAAGACCGAGACUAGUCCACCAUCCCUUCUCAAUGAUGAAAUGUUCGUUAAAGCGAAAGAAUUCAUCAAAGAUGUUGACAUUAUUGGUGAUUUAAAUAAUACAGUGAGCGUCGAUUUUAGUGUGACGAAUUCUAGUGAAGUUACUGAUAGUGAAUUGAGUGCCAGUGAUGAGGAAAGGGUAGUGGACGAUCAGGAAACUGGUGUGCAUAGGAUAGAUUUGGAGGCGUUUGGGAAACAGUUGAAUUUGGUGCUGAAGAGACAGGAGGGGCUGGUGAAGAAGGAUGGAGUGAAGAUGUGGCGGGCGUUGAAUAAUGUAACGCAACCACACGGAGUGGACUAUGAGGAGAUGAAAGAGGAAGGCGACGAAGACUUGGGCGAGCUGUACCAGGACGAAGAGAAUGGCGCUGCUCUGCUCAUCAGGCGACACCCCAAACACGGGAAGAUCGUUGUGGAAGGCUCAAUUGGUCACGACCUGGUGAUCCGCCCGAUCCCGGACUCGAUGACUGCGCCCGCGCAAGACGACGAGAUGUUCAUGGACCCAUCCAGCAUGGCGGACAUGGUCUCCAUAGAUACGGGGCUGCCUCUCAUGAAGAGGAAAACAGAAGAGCAGGACAGACUGAGGCGAGCGCUGAACGGAGCUCAGCACGUCAUCAUCAAGAGGGAUCCGGCCGAAGGGGACCACCUUGGAGACUAUGCCUUCAUGGAACCCGAUCACAUGGCCAAAAGGUUUCGGCGAAAACGCUCAGCAGAUCACAGCAGAAGAAAAAGGGACGCACCCUACGUCAUUUACCCUGAAAUCUUGGUCAUUGUAGACUAUGAUGGGUACAGAUUACACGGCGGAGAUAACGUACAAAUCAAACGAUACUUCGUCUCUUUUUGGAACGGCGUCGACCUCCGAUACAAACUGCUCAAAGGGCCAAGAAUACGGAUUUCCAUCGCUGGGAUAAUUAUUUCUAGGGGCCGUGAUGCCACGCCAUAUCUCGAGAGGAAUCGGGUAGGUCGCGAUGCUAUCGACUCGGCCGCAGCGCUCACUGACAUGGGCAAGUAUCUGUUCAGAGAACGGAGACUGCCCGUCUACGAUAUCGCCGUCGCUAUCACUAAACUAGACAUGUGCAGGAGGCAAUAUGCAAACGAUGCGUGCAAUAGAGGGACCGCAGGUUUUGCAUAUGUCGGCGGCGCAUGCGUUGUGAACAAGCGAUUAGAGAAAGUGAACUCUGUUGCAAUAAUUGAGGAUACCGGCGGCUUCUCCGGUAUCAUAGUAGCUGCGCACGAAGUUGGUCAUUUACUGGGCGCGGUGCACGACGGUAGCCCCCCACCUUCCUACCUUGGCGGGCCUGGUGCCGAGAAGUGUAGGUGGGAGGACGGCUUCAUCAUGUCCGACCUUCGGCACACAGAGAAAGGGUUUAGGUGGUCACCAUGCAGCGUGCAGAGUUUCCAUCACUUCUUGAAUGGGGACACCGCAACAUGUUUGUACAACUCGCCGCACGAAGACGACUCCUUGCCGCGGGUGCUGCCUGGAAGACUGCUGACGUUAGACGCUCAGUGCCGCAAAGACAGGGGGACUAGCGCGUGUUUCAAAGACGAGCGCGUGUGCGCUCAACUGUUCUGCUUCGACGCGGCGAGCGGGUACUGCGUCGCCUACCGCCCCGCCGCCGAGGGGUCGCCCUGUGGUGAUGGCCAGUACUGUAUAAACGGGCGGUGUAUAACGGAACACGAGAACAUAAUACCGGACUACUCCCAACACACGCCGAGCUACGUGCGCCCCGACACGAGCCCCUUCUUUGGGAAUAUUACCAGCAGCCGCCAUUAAAAUAAGAAGCGGACUAUGGACAAGACUGCCACUCCGGAAGUGGGCCGCGGAGGCCUACCGAGGACCAAAGUCCCAGCGGGAUUAUCACGUACAUUUACCAAUCUAUAUGCAGACUGAUGUACCUACAUUGCAUCUUUUGUAUGCUCUUUAUCAAUGUUCAGGAUACAAAAAACGCGUGCGAUAUCAUUAUUGCUAUCAUUCCGCGAUUGUAAAUGUUAGAUAAUCACCGUGCCGGUUUUCAAAUUGAGUGAAAAUGCACGUCCCGUAAGAAUACGUUGUGAUCAUAUCCGAACUUGGCUCACACACUACCGUGUAAAAGUUGUAAUCCGAAAUAUAUACUCAUUUUCAACUGUAUUUAAAUGCAAAUUAAGUACAUACAUGUGUCAUUUGAUAUUCAGGUAGAUUUUAAUCUUUGUCGAAUUAACUUUGCAUAAGACAGGAAAUAUGUAUGUAUAAAAUAAUUUUACUUCGCAAGAUAUAAUAACUUCAAUAAUAAUCAACUUGUGUUAUACGCAAUGGAAAGUCGCCUUUAUGUUCCAAAUAAUAAUAACGAAUAGGAUAAUAUCAAUAAAUGUUGUAAAUAUUUUUAUUGGCCAAUCCAUUGGCUAUUUUAUUAAUAAGUACGUGAAUAAUUAAUUUUAAUUACAUCAAGACGACUUACAAUGCGUUAACGAGUUAUGUAUAACAGAAUAGGUAAUUAACGUUAAACUCGCUUUUUAUGCAUAUUUUUACACAUGCUGAAGCAAACUUGUAUGUUGAACAACAAUACAACUUUUUUAACAAAAUAUGAUGUCAUGAUUUGCAUUAUAUAAGUAUAUUUCUGCAUAAUAGUGAAGCAUAAUAGACUGGUACCUCUUUUUAGGGGUAUUAAUAAAAAAUAAAAGCAAGCAGAUACGGAUUUUUGCUUGAUUUUAUUUUACUUUUUUUGACAAUACAUUGAUACGGGAUAGUGUGAUGUGUGUAAUGCGUCUCAAGACGUAUUGUGUCGGAUGCAGGUCAGUGAGUGAUAUUACAAUGUGAUUGUGUUACUAUUAAUGAACUAUUUUAUAAGUUAGAAACGGGGCCAACCCUGCGAGUGAUGGGAACUGCGACGGUUUUGGAAUUUUAAGAAAUACUCUUUAGCCUACCUUCGUAAACGGUUGUAAAAAAAUAGCGUUCGAAUUUCGAAUUACGAAACUGCCACUACGUGCCUAAAUGUUAAAAUAGGUUUUGUAUUAAGUUUUUUUAAUAGUGCGACUGGUUCGCAACCAUCUGAACAAUUUAGUAUCCUUUAUUUUUAAGCUGCUUUUACACUGUUUUCGUGAAUGCUGUUUUUUUUUAAAGGGAAUCUGAUCGCCUUGUUUCAUUUUCAAUUUGUUAUAAUUUAAGUCUGUUUUGAAUUGCUAAAAUUAUUUAUGUGACAUAGUUCUUUAAUCAUAAAGUUACCAAUAGCGUAAAACAAAAAGUUUAUAUUUCGAUAUUUUUUUUAAGAAUCACAGUGAAUAUUUCAACUGUACACAGCUUGCCGUUAACUAUUUAUUAUGUUCGAACUAUUUAUGUACGGAUUUUUUCUUAUUUCAUCACAAAUUAUCUAAAUUAUAAGAAAAGAAUUAGAAAAUAACAAACA